AUGGUGGCCGACGAGCUGCUGCGGGGCGACGAGCCGCGCCGCCAGUGGUUCCGCAAGCUGGCCGACUUCCGCCUCUUCCUGCCGCCGCGCCACUUCGAGGGCAUCAGCGCCGCCUUCAUGGACCGCCUGGGCCACCAGCUGGAGGACAUGCUGCUGUCUUGCAAGUACCGCGGCGAGCUCUGCGGUCCGCACAACUUCUCCUCCGUGUUUACAAAAUAUGGGAAGUGUUACAUGUUUAACUCAGGCGAGGAUGGCAAGCCUCUGCUCACCACGGUCAAGGGGGGCACAGGCAACGGGCUGGAGAUCAUGCUGGACAUUCAGCAAGAUGAGUACUUGCCCAUCUGGGGAGAGACAGAGGAAACGACGUUCGAAGCAGGAGUGAAAGUUCAGAUCCACAGUCAGUCUGAGCCGCCUUUCAUCCAAGAGCUGGGCUUUGGGGUGGCCCCAGGGUUCCAGACCUUCGUGGCCACACAGGAGCAGAGGCUCACAUACCUGCCCCCACCGUGGGGUGAGUGCCGAUCCUCAGAGAUGGGACUCGACUUCUUUCCUGUUUACAGCAUCACCGCCUGUAGAAUUGACUGUGAGACCCGCUACAUCGUGGAAAAUUGCAACUGCCGCAUGGUCCACAUGCCAGGGGAUGCCCCUUUCUGUACCCCUGAGCAGCACAAGGAGUGUGCAGAGCCUGCCCUAGGUCUGCUGGCGGAAAAGGACAGCAAUUAUUGUCUCUGCAGGACGCCCUGCAACCUGACUCGCUACAACAAAGAGCUCUCCAUGGUGAAGAUCCCCAGCAAGACAUCAGCCAAGUACCUGGAGAAGAAAUUUAACAAAUCAGAAAAAUACAUCUCAGAGAACAUACUUGUUCUGGAUAUAUUUUUCGAAGCUCUCAAUUACGAGACAAUUGAACAGAAGAAGGCGUAUGAAGUUGCUGCCUUACUUGGUGAUAUUGGUGGUCAGAUGGGAUUGUUCAUUGGUGCUAGUAUCCUUACAAUACUAGAGCUCUUUGAUUACAUUUAUGAGCUGAUCAAAGAGAAGCUAUUAGACCUGCUUGGCAAAGAAGAGGAUGAAGGGAGCCACGAUGAGAACGUGAGCACUUGUGACACGAUGCCAAACCACUCUGAAACCAUCAGCCACACUGUGAAUGUGCCCCUGCAGACCGCCCUGGGGACCUUGGAGGAGAUUGCCUGCUGACACCCUCAGGCUGCCCAGCACCUCCCACCAAAACAGACCUCGAGGCCCAAGACCCAGGACAGGGGACAGCAAGCUCAGGUGGGAUGGCCCCUGAUGACAGAACAAAGCAAGAGCCCCCUAUGCACACAUUGCAAACUAUCUGCCAAAACCUUGCUAUGGCCACGUCUGACAUGAUGCGUCCUUGAGCCCUGCCGUGUGUCCUUCUUAGGAGAGAUGAGUCACACUCUGGAACUGUCCAAGAACCAACCUGCCAUCACAUCUCACUGCCAGAUGUAUAAAGCACCUGCAUGCUCAGACUUCUUAUGGCGCCACCUCCAUGUCUGUCUUGUACACGACUUUCUCCAUGCGGUUUCCAGUGUCCACUCUGCUGCCCAUGCAGGGGGACUGGAUUCCAGCCCCAAAGUCACCAUGAGGCUACGCUGGAAUCAAAACUGUACAAUCAAGAGGGAAACCGCAGAACUCUCUACUACAUUCAGUCCUUGUGUCAUUUCUGAAGGUUCUUAACCUGCCCACAAAUUCCCCAAGCUGGCCCUGGGGGCUUUGGCACUGAAGGUGACCAGUGCCAGCCUCCCUCCCAGCCCCAGCGCCUGUGAUGGUGGCACGAUGGCCUGGAUGACACCAGGAUUUAUCCAUGGCACCCACAUCAUUCUCUCUCCCUGUGACACAGCUUGUACAGUCCGAUUAUUUUUAUUUGGGGGGCUUUUUUGUUUGUCUGUUGGAGAUUUGUUUUGUUUUGCUUUGUUUUAUGAUU